AUGAGUCAUCUUCACAACGGCUUACCUGAUGAUCCAAGCUAUUCAAUUUCUUCAAACAUUGAACACAAUAAACCGGUCGCACAUCUGACAACGGAAUCGAAUGAAUGCAAUACCGAUCAAAAUCGACCUUCGAAUAAUUCACUCUUGUUCGGUGAAGUGAUGCCAAUAUCGUCGUCGUCGUCGUCGUCAACUGCUGGAAGAACAACUGCAGCUAUCAUGCUAUCAUUAACCUAUCCUGGCGUUGAUGUCGUCCUGUAUGAAGUCCUCAACAAAUAA